ACGUUUCACUUCGCUACUCCUUUCAAGGGGGGACCUUCAGCUCUCCAAUGGCCGAAGUGGUGAGACCCAAGCUCUUCUCGAUCCUCCUCUUCUUCUGCAUUGCCCGUCUCGCCCACUUGGAGCGCUGCCAGUCCACGCACUUCGUGAACGACCUGGUGGAGGAAGAAGACAGCUCGUGGCCGGACGAAGAGGAUGGAGUGGACAUGGUCCAGUCGAGGCACGAUCCUCGGAGGCAGAGCUGCGACAUGUCGACCGGGAAGUGGGUGGUGGACGAAUCGUACCCUCUCUACGAUUCCAACUGCCCUUACCUCAGCAGCACCGUGACUUGCCAGAGAAACGGACGACCCGAUUCGGAUUACCAGAAGUGGAGGUGGAAGCCCCAUGCAUGCUCACUGCCGAGGUUUGAUGCACUGAAAUUUCUGGCAAAGAUAAGAAGGAAGAGAAUAAUGCUGGUAGGCGAUUCCAUAAUGAGGAAUCAGUGGGAGUCUCUUGUGUGCUUAGUGCAAGGCGUGAUUCCGACCGGCCGGAAAACAGUGUCUUACAACGGCCCUUCCAUGGCUUUUCAUGCAAUGGAUUUCGAGACGUCGAUAGAAUUUUCCUGGGCUCCACUGCUUGUGGAGCUGACCAAAGGGCCUCAAAACAAGAGAAUCUUGCACUUGGAUUUGAUUGAGGAGAAUGCCAAGUAUUGGAGAGGAGUUGACGUCCUUGUGUUCGAUUCUGCUCACUGGUGGACUCACUCCGACAAAUGGAGUUCGUGGGAUUACUACAUGGAGGGAAGAUCCAUGUUCACGAACAUAAAUCCAAUGGUGGCUUAUGAAAAAGGACUCACUACAUGGGCCAAAUGGGUGGACUUGAAUCUAGAUCCUCGGAGAACCAGAGUCAUUUUCAGAAGCAUGUCACCUAGGCACAACAGGGAAAAUGGGUGGAAAUGCUACAAUCAGAAGCAACCUCUGGCUUACUUCAGCCACCGGCAUGUCCCUGAGCAGCUGGUCGUGCUGCAACAAGUGGUGAGGAGGAUGAGAUUCCCUGUGUAUUUGCAGGACAUAACGGCAAUGUCUGCACUAAGGAGAGACGGGCAUCCUUCAGUGUACAGAAGAGCGAUGAACCAGCAGGAGAGGCAGAAUCCGAGAGGCUUCUCAUCUGAUUGCAGCCACUGGUGCCUCCCAGGCGUGCCCGAUACUUGGAACGAAAUGCUAACUGCUUUGCUCUAAGCGUUGGAAAUUUAGUUCAAGUAUUUGAGUAGGAACUAGUUUUCGGGCUUGUAGAACUGCUUCUUCGAAUGAUGGUGUGUUUUCUUCGAGUUUCAUCUAUGUAAAUUCGAAUGUGAUGUUCAUCGUUGACGGUUGUCAUCACGUUUGUUAUGUGGUUGCUGCUCUG